GGGAGUAGAAGCCCGCCAUUGGAGGAUUUCUCACGCACGCUCGGCAACGAUUGUCAGACAGAAGACAGGAGCUCAGAGACGAACGAGGAUGGCGGAUGUUGUCGGAGACGGAGCUCGUCACGAUGUUCAGUCCCUCUUGUCUUCUCCGGACAGGGACUUCCUCAUCCGAAACAACGGCGAUCAGGUUGAAGUCGCUAGCUUGAAGGGGAAGACGAUCGGCUUGUACUUCUCCGCGUCAUGGUGCGGCCCGUGCCAUCAGUUCACCCCGACUCUGGCGGAGGUGUACAAUGAAGUUUCCCCAAGAGGUGAUCUGGAGAUCAUUUUCAUCUCCGCAGACGAGGAUGAAGAGUCCUUCAGUGAAUACUUUUCCAAGAUGCCGUGGCUUGCAGUCCCAUUCCCUGACUCGGACAAGCGUGAUAGCUUGGAUGAGUUGUUUGAGGUGAGGGGAAUACCCCACCUCGUGUUUCUCGAUGGCACAGGUAGAGUCUUGACCGAUAGCGGGGUCGAGAUCGUCCGCGAGUAUGGAGUGGAAGGUCACCCUUUCACUCCGGAACUCAUCAAAGAGUUGAAAGACCGGGAUGAAGCUGCUAGGAGAAAUCAAUCGUUGACCUCUCUUUUGGUCCAUGGAUCUCGUGACUUCGUAGUUUCGUCCGAUUGGAAGAAGGUUCCUGUUACUGAGCUUGAAGGGAAAACCGUGGGUCUGUAUUUCUCAUUGUCCAUGUACAGAGCAUGCGUCGAUUUCGCGCCAAUGUUACGGGAGGUUUAUGAGAAGCUGAAGGCCCAAGGAGAGAGUUUUGAGAUCGUUCAGAUACCUCUCGAUGAUGACGAAGAAUCAUUCAAACAAGCCUUUGGAAGCAUGCCAUGGCUUUCAUUACCAUUGGAGGACAAGAAAUGUGAGAAGCUGGUUAGGUACUUUGAGCUCUCGACCCUACCCACUCUGGUCAUAAUUGGUCCUGAUGGGAAGACUCUCCAUUCCAAUGUUGCCAAAACCGUCGAGGAGCACGGCGUUGCAGCUUACCCAUUCACUCCGGAAAAGCUCGCUGAGCUUGCGGAGUUAGAGAAGAAAAGGGAAGAGUCUCAGACAUUGGAGUCAAUCUUGGUUUCAGGGGAUCGAGAUUUCGUCAUUGGAAAGGAAGGAAACAAGAUUCCGGUAUCGGGCUUGGCAGGGAAGACUGUCCUCCUUUACUUCUCAGCACACUGGUGCCCUCCUUGCCGUGCAUUCCUGCCGGUGCUUAUGGAGGCAUACGAAAAGAUCAAGGCCAACGACAAUGCCUUUGAGGUGAUCUUCAUCUCUAGCGACAAUGACCAGACUGCCUUCGAUGAUUAUUUUGCUGAGAUGCCGUGGCUGGCGCUCCCCUUUGGCGAUGAGAGGAAGAAAUCCCUGGAUCGCAAAUUCCAGGUCAAUGAGAUCCCCGCCCUCAUAGCCAUCGGCUCAACUGGCCGGACACUGACUAAAGAAGCAAGGGCUCUUACAUCGGAGCACGGGGCUGAUGCUUAUCCUUUUACCGCUGAACAUCUCAAGGAGUUAGAGGCAAAGUCGACUGAGAUUGAGCCGGAUGGAUGAGGAGACGAAGCAGAUAAAGCAGCUGGGGAGGAGGCGAAGGAAGAAGGAGAAGCCGGAGAAGGAUGGGUCUGUGAUGGUGAAGUCUGCAUUAAAGUCUAGAGGUUACUUCUUGGUUGUUUUGUUUUCUGUGACUCGUUUGAAGCAGUUUUCCCCCUUUUCUUUGUGAGUGGAUGUGUCUGAGCUUUGAUAUGCGAAGGCCUCGUCUAUGGGAUGUACAUUUGCUGUCUU